AUGCCCGACAGUAUAGAGCUUGCAGACUUGAAGCAUAAACCAUUUUUCGACUAUGAUAAGCCCGAAGGCCUGGCUCGCUUGACUCCUGCGGCCAGACGCAAGAUAUGGCUCCAUAUCUUUGUGGAGACGCUCGCUUCAGUGAUAAUAUAUUCGACCUACACUCGCCUUGUGCUGUACUACCUGUUUUUGGCUCCUACGCUCCUUGGAGCCUCUACUGCGGCGUUGGCCCAGUCUAUGAACCAGCUCUACAAGGGCAGGCUUUCGAAUUCUAGAUUACUAAAGUUCGUUCUUUGGGGGUGCAUCAAUGGGUGCUUUACCGCGCUAUGGAUCGACACUCUUGUUGCUAGAGUUGAAUCGGUUUUUUACAGAAUCUUGAUAGACCAGUUGGUGGGGGCACCUUCGUUUCAAUUGAUCUUCCAUUUGCUUGGCAAAGUAUGGGACGUCGCUGAGCCUGGACAGCCAUCGCCUAGCAUCUCCACAUUUUUGAUGGCUUUAAGCUAUUCAUACUGCUACUGGCCCUUCGUGUCAAUAGCAAUGUUUGUGUUUAUUCCUCCUCCGUUGAUGUUCAUCAGCAAUUGCAUUGCUAACUUGAUAUGGAAUGUGAUCCUCAGCAGGAUCUCUUGA